AUGACGAUCCCAGAUGAGGUUGACAUUAUCGUGGCCGGAGGAGGCUCGUGCGGGUGUGUCGUCGCUGGUCGACUGGCGGCCCUCGACAGGAACCUCAAGGUCUUGUUGAUCGAGGGAGGAGAGAACAACCUCAACAAUCCAUGGGUUCCAAUGCCUGGCAUAUACCCCAAAAACAUGAAGCUCGACUCAAAGACCGCUUCUUUCUACCACUCGAGACCUUCCAAAUGGUUGGGUGGACGUAGGGCUAUUGUGCCAUGUGCCAACAUCCUCGGCGGCGGAUCUAGUAUCAAUUUCAUGAUGUACACACGAGCUAGUGCCUCCGACUAUGAUGACUUCCAGGCCGAGGGAUGGAAGACCAAGGAACUCAUUCCACUGAUGAAAAAGCAUGAGACGUACCAGCGUUCCUGUAAUAAUCGUGACAUUCAUGGUUUUGAGGGUCCUAUCAAGGUCUCAUUUGGCAACUAUACGUACCCAAUUGCAUGGGACUUUCUACGUGCCACUGAAUCACAGGGCAUCCCCACCACCGACGAUCUGGAGGACCUGACGACCGGGCACGGUGGUGAACAUUGGCUCAAAUGGAUCAAUAGGGACACGGGCCGUCGUUCGGACUCAGCCCAUGGAUACAUCCAUUCGAACAUGAGGAACCAUGACAACCUCUACUUGAUGUGCAACACCAAGAUCGACAGAGUCAUUAUCGAAAAUGGCCGUGCCACAGCGAUCCGCACGGUGCCCAUGAAGCAGCUUGAUGCAAACCAGGUACAGGAAAAAGUCAUCAAAGCCCGCAAGCAGAUCGUCAUCUCCUGCGGCACUCUCAGCACACCGUUGGUGCUCCAGCGAUCUGGCAUUGGAGACCCCCAGAAACUCCAGAAAGCCGGCGUGAAAUGCCAAGUUGACUUGCCCGGCGUUGGUCUCAACUUCCAAGACCACUACCUUACCUUCUCGGCCUACCGUGCCAAGCCUGACACUGAGAGCUUCGAUGACUUUAUCAGAGGUGAUCCCGAGACGCAAAAGAAGGUCUAUGACCAGUGGCAACUUAAUGGCACGGGUCCGCUUGCCACUAAUGGCAUCGAAGCCGGCGUCAAGGUCAGACCUACCGAGGAGGAGCUGUCUCAGGACUACAUGAAGGAAUUCCGUCCCGGCUGGGACAGCUACUUCAAGCACAAGCCUGACAAGCCUGUCAUGCAUUACUCCGUCAUCUCUGGCUUCUUCGGAGAUCACAUGCUCAUGCCGCAGGGCAAAUUCUUCUCCAUGUUCCACUUCUUGGAAUAUCCAUUCUCGCGCGGCAGCACGCACAUCCUCUCGCCUGAUCCAUACGAUGCUCCAGACUUCGACGCCGGCUUCAUGAACGACGAGCGUGAUAUGGCACCCAUGGUCUGGGGCUACAUUAAGUCCCGAGAGACAGCUCGCCGUAUGGACGCGUAUGCUGGAGAGGUCACUGAUAAGCAUCCAUUCUUCGGCUACGACUCCCCAGCCCGCUCCGAAGACCUGAACCUUCAAGACACCAAGGCUUACGGCGGCCCCAACCACCUCUCAGCAGGCAUCCAGCACGGUAGCUGGUCCAUCCACACCAAGCCUGGCAAAGCGCCCACGGACAGCUUCGUCACGAGCAGCCAGACGGCCAAUAUCAGAGAAGAUCUCAAGUACACCAAAGAGGACAUUGCGGCGGUUGAAGAGUGGGUCAAACGCCACGUGGAGACUACUUGGCACAGUCUCGGCACGUGCUCCAUGGCCCCCCGCGAAGGCAACUCCAUCGUCAAACACGGCGUCCUGGACGAACGCCUCAACGUGCACGGCGUCAAAGGCCUCAAAUGCGCCGACCUGUCCAUCUGCCCCGACAACGUCGGCUGCAACACUUACAGCACGGCGCUGCUGAUUGGCGAGAAGGCGGCUAUGCUGAUCGCGGAGGACCUCGGGUACAGUGGCGACGCGCUGAAGAUGGAGGUGCCGGUGUGGCAUCAGGGGACGUACGAGACCACGGGGAGAGCGAGACUGUGA